AUGGGGCGAAUCCCCCACAGACCGGGCAGCCCUUGGACGGGGAUUGUCCUGGCAGCCUCAGUCCUGGGCUCCUGCCUCCAGCCGGCGCCGGCCCAGACCCCAGUGACCAUCGUCCUCACCCCGCAGAGUCCCGUGGUGGGAGGGGGCGUCAGCCUGGCCCCGCAGAAUCCGCCACAGGGUUUGCUGUCCUGCAUGUGGUACCGAUCAGCGACCACUGAUGAAAACAGCCGGAUCCUCACCUACUACCCAUACACCCCCCCCGUUCAGAACAACGGCCCGGCCCACACGGGGCGGGAGACAGCGGGGCCGGGCUGCGCCCUGAACAUCGCGGGGUUAAAGCUCAAUGAUACCGGGAGCUACACGGUGAAGCUAGAGAGCAAUACUAACCGUGUCCUCUCCAUCUUUCUGCGCGUCUAUGGUAAACCCACCUGUUCUUUUACACCCACUUUGCUCACUCAUGGCGGGGGGCUCUGCCUGUCAGCCUCUUCCAGGCAUUGCUGGGCUCAGCUCCUGCUCCGGGACGGGGCGUCCCUCACGCCCAGUGAGCGGCUGGGGCUGUCCCCUGACAACCGGACCCUCACGUUGGGUGUCACCCGGGGCGACGCCGGCGCCUACCAGUGCGAGGUCGGGAACCCCGUCAGCUCCGUACGCACCGAGCCCAGCACCGUGACGGUAGCCUAUGGGCCAGACUCCGUCAGGAUAGACCCCCCAGGACCCACCGCCCUGACCCUCGGGUCCCCUCUGACCCUGACGUGUGUCUCCGACUCCGUCCCAGCCCCGAGCUAUCGCUGGGUUCUCAAUGGCACCGACACUAACGAGCAGCAGAGCAGCUUGACCAUUAAUACCACAACCUUGGAUCAGGUGGGCACGUACAAGUGCCAGGCUCACAACCCCUCAUGGCUAGCACGGAGAUCGAGCUCCGACAGCAGAUUCCUGUCCACCUGGCGCCUCCAGCUGGUUCCCACCUGGGCCGGGCGUGUGGCCAUGGCUCUGGUGUGGGGAGGGGUCAGUCUCUACCCGCUAUCAGCCUACGGGCUGGCACCAGGCCCCCAGCCGCGCACCGGGUCUGUGUCCCCGCCUGAGAUCUGGGCGCUGCUGGCCCCAGCGCUGCCUCCUGGGGCCUCCGUCCUGGGCUCCUGCCUCCAGCCGGCGCUGGCCCAGACCCCAGUGACCAUCGUCCUCACCCCGCCGAGCCCCGUGGUGGGAGGGGGCGUCAGCCUGGCCCCGCAGAAUCCGCCACAGGACUUCGUGGUCUGCAACUGGUAUCGAUCAGCGACCGCUGAUCCAAACAGCCUGAUCCUCAACUACGUCCAAUAUCCAGCCCCGGCUCAGAACAACGGCCCGGCCCACACGGGGCGGGAGACAGCGGGGCCGGGCUGCGCCCUGAACAUCGUGGGGUUAACGCUCAAUGACACCGGGAACUACACGGUUCAGAUACAGAGCCCUAAUGCUGCUAACCCUGUCCUCGGCACAGUACGUCUGCGCGUCUAUGAAAUCCUGCCCAACCCCACAGUGACGCCAAACCAAACCCUGGUGCUGGAGAACGGGACCUUCACCCUCACGUGUAACAGCUCCCCCAGCGCCGACACCGUGCUCUGGCUCCGUGACGGGGCGUCUCUCGUGCCCAGUGAGCGGCUGGGGCUGUCCCGUGACAACCGGACCCUCAAGGUGCUGGGUGUCACCCGGGGCGACGCCGGCGCCUACCAGUGCGAGGUCGGGAACCCCGUCAGCUCCGUACGCAGCGAGCCCAGCACCGUGACGGUAGCCUAUGGGCCGGACUCUGCCCAGAUAGACCCACCAGGACCCAUCGCCCUGACUCUUGGGUCGCUUCUGAACCUGACGUGCGUCGCCGACUCCAUCCCAGCCCCGAGCUAUUGCUGGGUUCUCAACGGCACCGACACUAAUGAGACCGGGAGCAGCUUGACCUUUAACCCCACGACCUGGGCUCAGCAAGGCACGUACGAGUGCUGGGCUCAGAACCCCGUCACCAACCGCACUGCCUGGACAUCUGUCGCCGUGUGGGUGACAGGGACGGACGCCCCUCGUCCAGCUCUCUCUACCGGGGCCGUCGCCGGGAUCGUCAUCGGGUCACUAGCGGGGGCAGCGCUGGUCGGAGUCAUGGUCUAUUUCCUCUACUCUCGCUGCCGGAACGAGACCCCCAAGGAGAACGAGGCACCCGUCCUGGUGUACGAGAACCUGCCCCCAACAUCCUGGGCGGGGCCAGUGGCCCAGCCCAGGAGCCCCCCUGACCCCAGCCCCACGUACCAGACGCUGCAGCCCCGACAGCCGGACGUGUACGAGAAGCUGAAGAAGUGA